AUGGUGUACCUGCAGGCCCAUUACUGUUAUGAAAUAGCUAGUCAGCGGCAAGUGAUAUGGGUGACGAAUCCAGAACCAGGAACGUCAGUGUGCAAGUUUCGGUUUGUUUUGAAAUUGUCUUCAGUGUUGUUUGUUGGGAAGAGAUUAGAUUCCACCUUCUUCCGUUCGUUAGAUUUCAGUGGUAGUGGAAGUGAUCCAACAGAAAACACCUAUCAGCCUCUGGAGCCUUCCUUUUAUUCUCGACCACCACUACAACCAGGAUCCAGUCAGUAUGAACAACAGCAGCACCAAUAUGGUUACUACCCUGUGAAUCAAGGGAAUCAAGGGAGUUCAAGUACAUAUUCUGAUCAGCAGCAGCAGCAGCGAAUAUUCUCACCCACCUACUCUCAGCAACAGCCACCACACUUCUCACCCCAUUCUCCUGCGAGUCCUGUUACACCUGCAGGUAGCUAUCACUACAGCAACAGUCUCUCAUCCCCUACAGUUGGCCCAGUGCCGGCAGUUCCACAGCAUGGAAUGAAUUACAGCAAUCCCCAGCAGCAAGCCCUUUACGGCUCAGCUCUCUCGCCUGGCCACUAUGGUUCCCCUAACCACGGCCAGCACAGUGGUUACUCUCCCAGCAGUAGCAACAGCAGUGGAGGUGGUGGUAAUGGUGGUAACGGUGGAAGUAGCAACAGUCAACAGUGGCAAAUGCAGCAGUCAGCAGGCGAUUACUCUCAGCAUCAUUCAAGUCCCUCACCCCAACACUCUUCUGUACUAACAGGAUCACCUGCUUCGUCAGCUACCACCCCAUCUCCCUCUCCUGCACAUACUCCUACACCUGCAGGUUCUCUGCACUCCCCUCCACCUUCUGUUGCAAUGUCGGGCCAGUAUCCUGCUCAUCACCAUGGGAGGCAUCCACCAAUGGGAAGCCCACCACAACCCAAUCAGGGACAUAAUUUGCCUUCCUGGGUUCAUCAUGGUGCUGGACGAGGGAUAAGUAUGCAUCCAGGAGCUGCAGUGAGUGGGCCUCCUCAGGGUCCUGGCUAUUACCCUCCUCACACUGGCCAUGGAAUACAGGGACCUCCACAGCAUGCCCAUAUGGCAAGUUCUGUUCCAGUGUCUGGAGAUCGGCGAUCACCACUGCAUUCUCCCACUCCAGGCUCGUGGAACAACUUAGGCUCUGUGUCGUCUGCAACCACCAAAGCUUCAGGCAGCCAUGAUGGAAGUGGAAGGUGUCUACCUCCACCAUCUUCCCAUCCACAGCAAAAUAACUCUGGUAGCAGUGGUGGUGGAGUUGGUGGUAACCCCUUGUUCAGCCUUCAGAUGCUGGUGAAUCAAGACAUAAACCGCAAUGCUGCAGCUGCAUCUGCAGCAUUGGCUCAAGCAAAUUCAUAUAGGGCAUCUACACCUUCAGCUACCCAUCAACAGGAAACACUACCACAACAGGCAGGACCCAUUCCUUUGACCCGCACUGAUAAGCAGACUCCUCAGGUUUCUGAAAAUGUGUCUCUGCGGAAUGGAAGCAUCAUCACAUCCACCUCUUCUGCUUCAUCUGCUGUGAACAACACAAAUGUAACCUCUCCUCCUACGCCUUUGAAUGGGGAAGUGAGUUCAGACAGUGCUAUUGGUAGUAGUGCAACCUCUACACCCAGUUCCCAACCUGAAAUUUCCAGUUCAUCUGCAGCAACUCCUAGCACAGACAUUAAUACAAAAACUGUUGCACCAGUGGUUGACACAAAGACAGUGAGUGUUAUAGCACAAACUCCACCUCGAGAGAAAUCUAAGGCCUCCCCACAAACUUCUGCCACAGGUCCUCAUCAGAGUAUUGAAGGCAAGCCUGAAAGUUCUGCAGAAGAAUGUGAAUCAGGAGCUGAUAAAGAUGACAGUAUAGAGACUGACAAGGAUUCAUCUACUCAGGUGAAAGAGAAGUCAGUGAAACCUGUAUCUGAAGAGAAUUUGGAGAGAUGUAAUCCUGUGAUCAUGUCCAGUACAACUGAUGUGACUGCACCACCCAUGGAACAAGCAUCAAACAUUGUUUCUUUCAGUAAUAGUGGCCGUUCUGUGUCAAAGCAGUCUGAUGACGGGUUAUCUGUACCAUCUCCUUCUCCAGGAUCUAAAGAUUCGGUGUCGCCAGUCCGUUCACCAAAGAGUGGGAACCCGAAACGAAUGAAAAAAGUAGAUUCCAUCUUGGAGAAUCUAGUGGAGAGUGGGACUAAGAAACUUGGAGGAGGAAGUAUGGGCACUGCAGUGGUUGAGCUGUCACCGCAGACUCCCAGCACCACCACUGUUGUAGUCCCAGCAUCUGUGAUUGUCUCUCCAGUAGGUACUAGUGAAGACAGUGGCAGUGGUCAGGGUCGUGAUGCUCAAACUCCUUCACCAGGAGCUCAGCAGAAGCAGCAACCUGCAAAUCAACACAAGUCACCAGUCCCAGUGCGUGAAGAGGAUGCCGUAUCACCUACCUCCGGAGGGGGCGAUGACUCAGAGAAUGGCAAGCCCAGGCGUAAGAGAAAACUUGACAAACCAGUUCGUGUGUCCAAGGUCUCUGGCGAAGGUGAAGUUGAGAAGGAACCUGAAUUUGAUGGAGAUAUCAGAGGAAAAGAUGAUGGUCAGAAGUUAGAAGAAGGACCUGCAACUGAUGAGAACAGUGAAACUAAAGAAUCAGCUGCUGUAGAAUGUACUGCUUCCAUAACAAAUGCAGAGCAGGAUCCAUCUACCAAACCCAUUGAAGCUGUUACUGUGGAUGCAGUUAGCAACCGAGAUUUGACAGAGAAGCAGGAGCCUACACGAAGACGCCGAUCCAGCGAGAGCUCAGCAAUGUCCCCAUCUUCUGCAUGGUCUGUGGCUGGCCAGAGGACACGAAGAAAGUCUGCUAGUGAUCAGCAGGAGGAGAAUGGAUCCAGCAAUGCAGGAGAUCUCCUCUCUGUUUUGGUCUCAAAUCAUCAUGAUAAGAAUGCAAUGGGAGACUCAAAACCUGAAGUAAAAAAUGCCUUUAUUGAAGUAGAGACAGAAUUAGAGAAGAUGUUUGCAGGGAUUGUUGAACCAGAGGAGUGUGUAGAUCCAUUGAAGCUGGAUUCUGCCUCUCCAGUACCAAUGGAAGUAUCCCCAGCGAGUAAGGCUCUGGAUAGUUUGACCAGUAUUGAUUCUGCUGCAUCUGUAGGGCCAAAACCCACUUCAGGUCUAAAGUCACGUGGAAGACCAAAGGGCUCUAGGAAUGGAGCCAGAUCAUCUGAGAGCAUAUUUGGGGCAUCUUCAACAGAUAGUAUGCCAAAGAAAAAGAAAAAGAAGCAAGGCAAGAGGUCAGCAGAUGAUUCUCUGAGCCUGUUACAGAAGAAGGUAAAGAGGUCAAAAUUGUUUCAAGGUGAGAACGGGGGCGACAGCCCCAUACCUCGGAAAAAGGGUCUCAUUAAAGGUGAGAGUGUGUGUCGUGAUGGCCCCUUGCAAUCAGGAUCUGUAUAUGACAGUAGCAGCAACACCAGCAGUAGCCGUUCUAGGGGACCUGUGGUACACAUUGAGGGUCCCAGAGAUAAUCCAUAUCAUGUGUCUGUUAUUAAUGCACCAUUUCGAGGUGAGGACGAGGAUGGUGGUGACAGGGGAGGAAGCAAGAAACAGCCCAGUACUGCCAUUAGAAGGAAGACUCCAAGUUAUCACAAUGAUUUGGAUUAUCGAGGCAAGAUGACACGCAGUGGGAGCAGUGCUUUAGGCAUGUUCAGCAGUACGCUGUCUGCACGCUAUGAUGCACAGACUAGAGACCAAACAUGGAUUUGUGUUUUCUGCAAACAUAGGCCACAUUUUGGUGUAGGAGGAGACUUGUUUGGCCCAUACCUGUUGACUCCACCAGAUAAAUUGGAUGUGAUUGCUGAUGGAUCUGCUGAUGAACGAGACAUUACAGAGGAACAGAAGCUUAGUGGAGGACGGAAUAAACUCAGCUUACGUGGGGCAAAAAUGGUUGAACAGUUCUGCCAGAAAAUGUCAAGAAAGAUCCAACGGUCACACUCUUUGGACAGCGUGCCGGUACUUGGAAUGGUACCUGUAUCUUCAAAUGGUAGUGAUGGGAAGGAAGACGGUUACGAAGUAUGGGUGCAUGAAGAGUGUGCAGUGUGGGCUGCUGGUGUCUAUGUUGUUGGAUCUCGCAUUGUUGGGCUCCGAGAGGCUGUUUGGAGCGCAGUCCAUACGAUAUGUAACAAAUGUGGUGAAGGAGGAGCAAAUGUGGGUUGUGUCCGGAGAGGUUGUGAGCGGCGCCUCCACUAUGGGUGUGCAAGGGAGGAGGGAUGGGAACUGGACGAAGAGGCAUAUAUUGCUCGCUGUGCUCAGCACAAGAAGGGGGUGUAUUCUUCCGAGGAAGCCAUCCUACCAACGUAAUGUUACAUUCUGAGAAGAGUGGCAUUAUCUGUUCUUUAUCUGGAAAAAAUAUAUAGCAAUCAGUACCUGUGACAAGUGUAGGACACUGAGUAAUGUAGGAGCUUGUGGUGAUUGUUACUUCUUAUCGUGUUCAUCGUAUCACUGCAGUCUUCAUUUGUGAACUGCUGUCAGAGUUUGUCAUGCAGAAGUCCACUGUUGUAAGAAGCGAGAUUCAUGAGGUUUGAAUUCCAGAGUUUGAAAGACUCAUAUGAUACUGUAUUAUAUUUAAUGAGAGAAAACAUAAGUACUGACAUGUUUUACAUUAAUAAUCUUUAUUUUUUAAAUCAGACUUUAUCUUAAUCAGUUGUCAUGUAUCAGUGUGAAACUUCUUUUUUUCUACUGUGCUUGUGACUUUAUCAGUGAAUAAUUUAGCAGGUGAUUGUUCUCUAUGGAUGUAAUGUUUCUGAGUUCAUGAAUUUGAUGAGACUACAGCUGAAGUGAGAGGAGUCUCAGAAUGUGGCACAGUUCACACCAUUUGGAAGGUGACAGUGACUGGAUAUACACUGCUACUCCCAUUACUUUAAUGUUUCUGCCUCACCAUGCACCAUCCUUGUUCAGAGAAUUUGUUCAGUUGGUUGUGAUUGUUCUGAAUAUGUUUAAACACUUGCUACUUCUUGAAACCUUUUUUGUUAUGAACUUCAUUAUUCUGUGGUCAACAUAAAAAAGGUGCUCCCUGUUUGUAAAGUUGGUUUGGUAUCUCAUAAUGCAACAUAGCUAUUAUCUUGAUGUUUGAUUUGCAAUGAAUGUCUUUGUGUAUCAUAACUGUUCUGUUCCUUGAACAUCCUAACAUCAUUGUGUAUCAUAACUUCCAUAAAUAUCCUUGUAUCAAACAAGGGGUAUAUUGCACCAGUUGGUACCUUACAGUAUUGUAGUUGAUGGUGUGGUAUAAGCAACAACAUGAAUUGAAGCAGGAAGCUAGCAGUUCAAUAAAAUUAGACAGUGAAGUUUAGUUAAAUGUGACAGUCACUGUCACUGUCACUGAGUAUUUAAAUUCAUGUAAUUGCCUUGGUUAUUUGUUUUUAGAAAUUUUAGAAUUUGCUUUUGCUAAACCUUUGCCUACAUACAAUUUUAUCUUUAACAUUUUGUUGGAAUGGCAGAAGCAAGGUAACUAAUUGUGUACCUUUUUCCUCACUUAAUUCUCUACAUCUUUCAGAUCCCAAAUCAAAUACCACAGUUUUUUUAUGAAGGAAGUACAUUGUAAAUUCAGUGUUUAUUAUAAAAUCAGAACCACUUUGUACAAACAAAAUUGGAAUGAUAUGAAAACAAGAAGGCUGUGUUUGUCGAGCCAAAUGAUGUGUGUUGAACACUUCUUAUAAAAGAAUCUAUAUUUCUGAUUGCAAGAGGAGAUGUAUCAUAGGUUAGGUAUGGAUUAUAAUUUCUUAUAGCUAUUAUAAGAUUUAAAAGACCGCAAUGUAAAUAAUUGUUCAAAUUGCAUGUUAGUGAAAAGAGUUUCAUUUUUCUAUGUAGUAAUUCCUAGCAAACAUUCAUUGGAGGUUACAUAUAUCUUUUUUCUGUCAUAAAACUUUGUUUUCAGAGGUAGGACAAGGCUCACAAUAGAAAAAAAGUGUUUUACUUUAACUGGGUACAUAUAAAAAUGUGCCCUUUCAUGCUGUGUCUGUUUCAACUGGUGUAGGAAUCUGUUUUUAAUCCCUCUUUCCUUCAGGGUCCAGUUUAAAAUUUUCAUGUCAUUACCAGUAUCUGAUGUUUAUGUAAUUUCACCAGCCCCUCUGUUCUCAUGUUUUAACAGAUACUUAUGAACAGAUUGUAUUGAAUAAAAAACUAUUGACCAAGAA